GAGGUGGGGCCCGCGGUGGGCGUGGCUAGCCGUGGGGGCAGGUGGGCAGCAGGCGCCUGCCGGAAAGUCCCUCGCGAAUCUCAGUGUAUUACAGGGACCUUUCGCAGCCUCGGAACCAAAGGCGCUCGGGCCUCGGUUGCAGGCGGAUGAGGGCCUGGUUUGUCCGUCCGUACCAGGUUCCCCCAUGUCUGGGACUGACACGAGCGGGAAAUUUCAGGCACGCCGGCACUAUAGUGGUCAUCUCUGGCUCCAGUCAGAGGGCAACAGAGAAAUCUUCGUGCCUCAGAUUUGUUGACCUACAGAAUGCUUCGAUACCCGUAUUUAUGUAGACGUAUAUAUAAGGAGUGUUUUUCAUACUGGUUGGAAUCUGGCAUACUUAAUUUAGAUCUCUGGCAAAAAAAAUUACAUACUACAGCAGGAAGAUGUAAUGAAUAUAAAACCCCAGCACAAGCAAGUCAAACUGGAGCCCAGGAAUUGCACACAUCUCAAAACAGAGAUUCUGACACUGUGGCUAAAUUACAUAUUCCAGUAAUGGUGGAUGAAGUCGUUCAUUUUUUGGCACCACAGAAAGGGCAGGUUUUUCUAGAUAUGACAUUUGGUUCAGGAGGACACACAAGAGCCCUUCUCCAGGCGCAGCCGGAUAUUACCCUGUAUGCCUUAGACAGAGACCCAACAGCUUGUGCCAUAGCCCAGCAGCUUUCAGAGCUACAUCCGAAACAGAUCCGAGCUCUGCUUGGCCAGUUCAGCCAGGUGGAAGCCUUACUCCUGGAGGCUGGGGUGCAACCUGGGACUUUAGAUGGAGUUCUGUUGGAUCUCGGGUGCUCCUCCAUGCAACUUGACACUCCUGAAAGAGGUUUUUCCCUGCAGAAGGACGGUCCCUUGGACAUGAGGAUGGAUGGUGGCAGAUGCCCUGACGUGCCCACCGCGGCUGAGGCCGUGAACGCCUUGGAUCAGCAGGCGCUGGCGUCCAUCCUGAGAGGGUACGGGGAGGAGAAGCAUGCUCGGAAAAUUGCCUCCGCCAUCGUUCUGGCUCGGCGUGCAUGCCCCAUCACCAGAACCCAGCAGCUCGCCAGCGUUGUAGCAGGUGCAUUUCCUCCUUCUGCUAUUUAUGCACGGAAAGACUUGCUACAACGAUCAACCCAUGUUGCUACCAAGACUUUCCAAGCUCUUCGCAUAUUUGUGAACAAUGAGCUCAACGAACUCUACACAGGACUUAGGACAGCUCAGAGGUUUCUGAGACCUGGUGGUCGCCUUGUUGCCAUCUCCUUUCACUCAUUAGAAGAUCGAAUCAUCAAGAGAUUUUUGCUUGGGAUAAGCAUGGCAGAAAGGUUUAACCAAAGCGUCAGACAGAAGAUGGUACAAGCCUCGGGUUCAGAUCCUGAAAACAAGGAAGGAAUUGCUGUAAAAGCUCCUUUAAUGUGGGAACUGAUAAACAAGAAGAGAAACCAAAGUAAGUACAGUACGCAGUGAGCCAUCGUACCCGUGCUGUGGAGUCAACAGUCCUGUGGAGGAAGAGGAUGUGUGUUCCACAGUCACAAGAACCAUUGUAAAAUGGGCACAAUGGAAAACGUUGCAUUUGGAAAAACCAAAAUAGUGUGUUCGGAGCAUCUAACAGGAAUUUGAUCUAUUGAAGAAAACCAAAUCUGACAGCAUAAUACUCCUGAAUUGCAAGUUGAAGGAUGGGUAAGAAAUAAUGAAAGAGUUCAUAGGGGGCAUGGUGAUUAAAGACACAUGUAAAUGAAUAUUCUCGUAAGUAGUUAUAAUUGAAAUAUUUGCACUAUUAAUUUGCUCAAGACACAGUACUUCAAAUGCAAGAAAAAAUCAUAUUCUCAAUUAUGUUGAUAGAUUGGGAGUCCAAGUGAAUUAUAUGUGUGUGUGUGUGAAAUAGAUAAGAAUUAAAUAUAUGACUUCACCUCAGACUUAUUUUACUUCCUCUGUUAAAUUUAACUCAGUUUCUGAACUUCUUUGGUGCUCUAAUUUAGUGGCUGUAUAUUUAAGUCUGAACAAUCUCGCAGUGAAAUCAGAAUUAGAAAGAAUCCUGGAAAACAGUAUGCUCCAAACAGAAAGAAGAGAAUCUAAUGAGAUUAGUCCCCUGACACUUACCUGAAAACUUUCCCAAGUUGCUCUAAUUUAAGUUCCUAUCUGAGAAUCUGAUUAGAAAAGAACAGGCCACAGUCACGUUAAACGAUUCCCCUGAUUCAUCAGUCCUUUUUUAUUAUUAGUCCAUGUUUGCAGAUCAAAAUAUCUACAUUCCUUGUGUGGAGUUGGUUCACGUACAGAAAACAUCUCAGUUCCUCUUUUCAUCCCCCUCCUCAAUCCCCUCUGCAUCCGAUACAGUUACUAUGGAAACCAUUUUCUUUCAUGUUAAGUGGAAGUUCAUUAUGGGGGUUGGAUGGUGUUCAAUGCCAGAAUGCAGCGCUCAUUGGAAAUCCAGUCGUUUCCGGUGUAAGAGUUAAGCUGAGGUCAGACUGGAGCAGAGCAGGCCUUUUAUUGAUAGGACUGGUGACUGAGAAGAGACAGAGAAACAGGGGAGAGUGCCUGGUGCGGAAGCAGGCGGACAUCGGAGGGAGAAGCCUACAAGCAAAGGGACAUGCAGGAUGGCAGGCAGUCCCUGGAAGGAUAGGAGCGUGGGACAGAUGUUCCUCCUCGGCGUCCUCAGGAGGAGCCUGCCCUGGUGACUCCAGGACUUGGGAUCCUCACCUCCGGAGCACUGCAAGAAUACAUUUCUAUUACAAGCAAACCUGGGUUUCCGGUAACUUAUGACUUCAACCCUAGGAAACCAAUACUCUGACAGAUAAAACUCUUGAGUAAUAUGCAUGAAAAGUCUUUCAGUAAGCUCGAAAUUGGUUUCAAAAUGUUCUGUUGUGAAACGAGUUUAACUCUUUUUGGUUACUAGUCUUUGUUGUUGUGUGCGUAAUAUGCUUUGGGCAAUAUGCAAGCAAGUUUUACACAGUUAAUGCUGGAGAAUGGUUUUGAGAAAUUCAAACAAUACAUAGUAGAAGGUAAAAAUUGUUCCAAUGAAUAUAUAGUGCUUUUCUAAUAAAAUGUUUCUGAAUCUUUGUAUUGAGUGCUUUAAUGAAUGAUUUUAGCCUAGCACCAAUGUCUUGUAGUACACAAUUCACAGUUCUUGGUCACCAAUUUAAAAAAUUAAAUAAGUACACAAUUUUUAGUUGCCAUUUCUAUUU